AUGUCUACCAUUCCAGUCACAAGCACUUCAUCGAAAGUCAUAGACCUAUCAGCCGUGACGAAUCUCGCCAACGCCCCUCUGAGUGAGAAAAGUUCCGAUUUUCUCCAGGGGGUCGUGAUUGCAGUGACUCACGAGCUGAUUCGCGAGAUGCCUCCUGGAGGGUUCUCCUGGGUUCAGGAGGUGACUGAAAGGCACGGGGGCAAGUUCGCUGGCUUUAACCAAGCUGGUUGCACGCAUCUCAUCUCAGCUAAAGAAUAUUCUGGACGUCUGUUCCACCAUACCAGGACAGGUUGGACAUCCGCCAAGAAGAAGACUUACCAAUGUGUUGAUUUGACCUGGCUUUCAACUGCUUUGGCUGAUUUGAGCUUGAGCGAAGGACAGGUUUCUCCACCAACGAGUUUGAAAGACACUGAUAGUUCCCCCAUGCAACCAAAUUCCUCCAAGCGAAAACUGGAGGACAUCCCUGAGCCUUGCAGGAAAAGGCAGAAGGAUGCCAUUCGAUCAAAGCCUUUUCUGACUGCCAUUGUGGAUGAGUGUUGCCAAGGGCGAGGCUACUCAGUCUUUAUGGAUGACGAUGCAGUCUACGAGGCAACGCUUGUAUGCUAUGACGAAUAUGGCCCUCAUAUCGACCUAUGCCACAUGCAAGUUCUCUGGAAAGGUGAUACGGAUCAAUACGGACUCUGGACUGGAACAGAGGUUGUCGCCCCUUACAACAAGUACCAAAGAGUCACCAAUAGGAGCGCAUCUGGUCAUAUAAAGCAGCAUUUCUGGAAAAGAAGUGGCAAAAAGGAAACGGUCGUCGCCAGGUUCAGAAGGUUAUUCAAGGAAUACACAGGUCUUAUAUGGGAAGAUCGACACAAGCCACCCAAAAAGAACAAAUGGCUUCUGAUCAAACCUCAGUACGAAGAUAUCGAAGCUGAACUAUCCGCUCGAGUAACAAAGACCAGCCUGGAGCCAGGGAUUCGAGAAGUCUUCGAGGCUAUUUCUGAACAGCUAACCCAUCAAUUUGUGACAAGGCUGAUUGAAACAGUCUCUGAGGGAAGGUUCAAGGAGUUCGCCACUGAAAGACACCAGCAUUACCUACGUACGGGGAUUCAUGCGUUGAGGAUGUUAUCAGGCCUUUCCGAAAACGACAGUCUUGUCAAAGACCUGGCUCAAGUUUAUGAGUUUCUUGUUUGGCCAGAUCUAACCUUUAUGGGCUUCGGUUUACCGCUUCUUUCAUCUCCAGGAAUGAUACAAAGCGAGCUGAAGAAUUUGAUGUUUUUGCAGAAUCUGAAAUUCAUGCAAGCGCUCGUGAGCCAGCCCUCCCUGCAAGGACCUGCACAGAUCGCUCCACAAUUACACCGCAUCUUGGGUCUGAAGGGCAUCAAAAGAGUUGACUUUGAGGAGUUUCAACGUAUUAAGAGCUACUUCGUACAAUCCUCAGUCGGCACUGUGAAGGACAAGCAGGUUCUAGGAAUAUAUCGUAUCGAACGUCAAUCCGAAGCCGAUCACCUCAAAAAUUUCCGAAAGUCCCACCCAGAUAAGGCUGGCAGGUCCCUCCUUCUUUGGCACGGCUCCAUUCUGAGAAAUUUCCUAGGGAUACUUGGCCAAGGUCUGCGGCGGGAUGUCCUAUCACACAUUACUGACUCCUCUGUUGGCACCAAAUGGCGAUCCGGCAUAUUUUUUGCCGAUCUCGCUCGCAAGUCGAUGUACUAUUGCAAGAGAAAAAACACUCGCACCGCAAUCAUUCUUCUAUGUGAGGUCGAGGUUGGGAAAAAGGUGAACUCGAUUUUUACAUUCCAUAAGCAUGCGGAAAAAGAAAUGGCCGGAAAAGGCGAAAUAUCUGUCCACCUGAAUCGCGGGAACAACGAACCUAUAUGGUGGCUGGAUGCCGGCACUAAAUUCCAAAGCCAAGGCCUACGGGGCAUUCGGCUGCUUGAUCUUGACAAUAUGAGCCACAAAGCGCUCAGAGGUCAUGCGCACGAGCAUAUUGUUUAUGAUGAAUCGCAGAUCAGAAUGCGUUAUAUGAUUCAUUUUCAGACGGGGUAA